AUGGCAGAUAUUCUUCGAUCUUUGAACUCUUCUGCGCAGUGGCAUAAUGUGAUCGCUGCUUUCACUGACCAUUGCAUUAAGCAACUGCCCUUCCAGCUAAAGCACACCAAUAUCUUCACUUUAUUGGUGCUGGUUGGGUUUCCUGAGGUGCUGUGUAUGGGGACGCGUUCUGUGUACGUGGAUAAUGCUAAUGAGCCUCACAACGUGAUCAUCCUGAAGCAUUUCACUGAGAAAAACAGGGCAGUCGUAGUAGACAUCAAAUCCCGAAAGAGAAAAACAGUGAAAGACUAUCAGUUGAUUCAGAAAUGUGGACAAGAAGGCAGUGAUUCCCAGACCCAGCUGAGACAGUACCUCCAGCACUUUGUUCUUAUAGCCACACACCUUCUGCAAACCAGCAUGGACAGUAGCUAUGCUGAGGCAGUGGAAGCCACUUGGGUCUUGUCACUCGCUCUAAAGGGGCUUUACAGAACACUUAAGAUUCAUGGCUUUAAGGAGGUCCAAGCUGCCUUUCUUCAGUCUGGUUUACUCAAGCUUCUAGUAAAGAAAUGUAGUAAAGGAACUGGCUUCAGUAAGACCUGGCUUCUCAGAGACUUGGAGAUUUUGUCAAUAAUGCUGUAUUCCUCAAAGAAAGAGAUCAGUUCUCUGGCUGAACGUGAGGAUACUGAACUGGAAGAAAGGGAACAGGAUCAAGAUGUGGAACAACCCAUUGUUGGUCCUGUUGAUUUAGAGCAAAACAAACUUGAUCCUCUGGAGGGUUUGGAUGAAGCCACCAAAAUAUGCUUCUUGAUGACACACGAUGCACUUAAUGCACCUCUCCAUAUUCUUCGAGCCAUGUAUGAGCUGCAAAUGAAAAGAACAGAUUCUUUUUUCCUGGAAGUUCAAAAGAGGUUUGAUGGAGAUGUAAUUACAACAGAUGAGAGAAUCCGAACACUGGCUCAGAAAUGGCAACCCAGCAAGCGUUUGAGGCUGGAGGAGCAGAGUUCAAAAGCAGUAGAUACAGAUAUGAUCAUCUUACCCUGUUUGUCGAAGCCUGUGCUCUGUGAUAAAGCAACAGAAGAAACCAAUCCGGUCGCCCAGAAACUGAUAACCAACACAGAGAGUGAUCUACAGCUUAGUUAUGCCAAGCAACGUCGCACCAAGAGUUCAAUACUCUUGCACAAGGAGCUGGACUCCAGAAGUAAAAAGGCUGUGAGGGACUACCUGUAUCGCGUAAACGAGGCAACUGCUGUUCUUUAUGCCAGGCAUGUGCUGGCAUCGUUGUUAGCGGAGUGGCCAGAUGACGUGGCAAUAAAUGAGGAAAUCCUAGAUCUUAGUGGCCCAGCCCAUAUGACAUACAUACUGGACAUGCUUAUGCAGCUAGAGGAAAAGCAGUUAUGGGAAAAAAUUCUACAGAAAGUACUGCACGGUUGCAAUGAGAGCAUGCUGGGAACAAUGGCAUUGGCAGCUUGCCAGUUCAUGGAGGAACCCGGAAUGGCAGUCCAGAUGCGUGAAUCUAAACAUCCUUAUAACAACAAUACUAAUUUUGAGGAUAAAGUUCACAUUCCUGGUGCUAUCUACCUCUCAAUCAAAUUUGACUCUCAGUGUAAUACAGAAGAAGGCUGUGACGAGUUGCUCAUGUCCAGCAGCAGUGACUUCCAGCAGGAUCGGCACAGCUUCAGUGGGUCUCCGCAGAAAUGGAAUGAUUUUGAGCUUCCAGGAGACACACUCUAUUACCGAUUUACUUCUGACAUGAGUAACACUGAGUGGGGUUAUAAAUUUACAGUGACAGCAGGUCAUCUUGGAAGGUUUCAGACAGGGUUUGAAAUUCUAAAGCAGAUGCUGUCAGAGGAAAGGGUAAUUCCUCACCUCCCACUGGCCAAAAUCUGGGAAUGGCAGGUCGGGGUAGCGUGCCGUCAGACUGGUCACCAGCGUUUGAAGGCCAUCCACUUGCUCUUGAAGAUAGUGCAGUGCAGCGCCCAGAGGGACUGUGACCUUACCUUGCUGAAGCCACUUUGGCAGCUUUUCACCCAUAUGGAAAACAACUUGUGUCAUGACGUGACCAAGCCUGGUAUUCUCCUUCCUCUUCAUCGUGCACUUGCAGAACUCUUCUUUGUUACAGAAAACAGAGUUACUGAGCUUGGAUCUCUACAGGAGUAUUUGCUUGCCUUAAAUACUGAAGAUCAUCUUCAUCGCUGCACAGCACAGGCCCUGAAAAACAUUGCUGCUAUCAGCCUUGCCAUUAACUAUCCAAACAAAUCAACCAGUUUCUGGAAUGUUUAAUGCUGGCUCAGGCCGGAGUGCAUGGGAUAGAGUAGUUUGUCCAUAAGAACCUUGGAACAAACAUCUUAACUCCGUUCAGGAGAAGUUCCUUCAGCUUCAGUGUAUGAGCACUCUGCAGCCUUCCUUCCUUCCACCUUGAUGUAGAAUUUGUAAAAGUAAAAGCGCACUUCAAUGAAAAAGCACAUCUUGAAGUAACUCACGCGUCGCCUACAGUUAUGUAUGCACAUAUUGUAGCAUGUUAGAGUAAACAGAACAAUAUUUUUUUUAUUAUUCAGAGGAAGUAAAUAAAAGAAGGUAGCUGAAGUAUGAGAAUGGAAGACCCUCGCAUUGGUAUCAUCUGCUCCCAAGGAAACUUGAUUGAUGGAAUGUGACAGCUUUGAAAACAUUGCUGAACUCAGAGCGAUGCCGUCAGCAAUAUCUGCUAUAUAUCAUUGAAGUGAAUACGCAAACCAGAAUCUGGUGGGCUGAUGCAGAAAUGGUCCACACUUGAAUCCUGUCAUAUUUGCUUUUGCUUUGAAGACUACUACCCAAGGAAAAGAACUUGUUGUAAAACGAAUUCUGGGUGAUUCACAUAGCAGUUAAAGGAUUCCAGUUUCAGAGCAUCCUUGU